CUUCUCCGUCGUCAGGGAUGGCGGCGACCGCGCUGCUGGCGGGCUCGCCGUGGCUGCGCCUCCGCCUCCGCCCGGACGGGCCCGCGCGCCGCCUCCGCCGGGCCCUCUCCUCCCGCGCCCGCGCCUCCGCCUCCGACCCCGCCGGCCCCGUCCGCGUCCGCUUCGCGCCCUCGCCCACGGGCAACCUCCACGUCGGCGGCGCCCGCACCGCGCUCUUCAACUACCUCUUCGCGCGCUCCAACGGCGGGCGGUUCGUGCUCCGCGUCGAGGACACCGACCUCGAGCGAUCCACCAGGAAGUCCGAGGAGGCCGUCCUCGCCGACCUCGCGUGGCUCGGACUCCAGUGGGACGAAGGUCCGGAUGUUGGCGGGGAGUUUGGGCCCUAUCGCCAGUCAGAGCGGAAUUCACUGUACAAGGAGUACGCCGAGAAGCUUUUGGACUCUGGUGCGGUUUACCGCUGCUUUUGCUCCAACGAGGAACUUGAGCAAAUGAAGGAAGUCGCAAAGCAGAGGCAACUUCCUCCUGUGUACAUGGGCAAGUGGGCAACUGCUUCAGAUGUUGAAGUGGAGCAGGAGCUAGAGAAAGGGACACCUUACACUUAUCGGUUCCGUGUGCCAAAGGAAGGGUCAUUGAAAAUUAAUGACCUUAUUCGUGGCGAGGUCAGUUGGAACCUAGACACGCUUGGUGAUUUUGUGAUUAUGAGAAGCAAUGGACAACCUGUGUAUAACUUCUGUGUGACAGUUGAUGAUGCUACCAUGCAAAUCUCUCAUGUUAUUAGAGCUGAAGAGCAUUUACCAAACACACUGCGGCAAGCUCUAAUUUACAAAGCUCUUGGAUUCCCAAUGCCUUCAUUUGCCCAUGUGUCACUUAUUCUGGCUCCUGACAAAAGCAAACUAUCGAAACGUCAUGGAGCUACUUCUGUGGGUCAGUAUAAAGAGAUGGGCUAUCUACCUCAGGCAAUGGUAAAUUAUUUAGCACUACUGGGCUGGGGUGAUGGUACUGAAAAUGAGUUCUUCACUAUUGAUGAUCUAGUUGAAAAAUUCACUAUCAAUCGUGUCAAUAAGAGCGGAGCCGUAUUUGAUGCAACAAAAUUAAAAUGGAUGAAUGGACAGCAUCUCAGAUCAUUUCCAACAGAUGAACUCAUCAAGGCUUUUGAAGAUCGGUGGAAGGAUACCGGCGUUCUCCAGGAGUCUGAAAGUGGUUUUGCGAAGGAAGCUGCCGAGCUUUUGAAGGAUGGUAUUGAUUUGAUCACAGAGGCUGAUGCAGCUCUUACAAAUUUGUUGUCGUAUCCCCUUCACGCUACUUUAAGCAGUGAUGAAGCUAAACCUGUGGUGCAAGACAAGAUUUCUGAGGUUGCUUUGGGUCUUAUUUCUGCGUAUGAUAGCGGUGAGCUUACUCAAGCACUAGCUGAGGGCCGUGAUGGUUGGCAGAAGUGGGUGAAAAGUUUUGGCAAGUCUCUCAAAAGAAAGGGCAAAGGGCUCUUUAUGCCGCUCCGAGUACUGUUGACGGGGAAGCUUCAUGGGCCUGACAUGGGUGCCAGCAUAACCCUUAUACACAAAGCUGGCAUCUGUGGAGCAGUGACGCCUCAGUCGAAUUUCGUAACUGUAGAUGAACGGUUCAGGAUGCUCAAGGAGGUUGACUGGGAGUCGUUGGUGAAGGAGCAGGAGUCCCCUUCUGAAUCAGCUGUCCCCGCUGCUUCAUAGACGAUAGAUCGUGCUUGUAGGUGUUCGUAUCAAUCACUGGGGGGUUUUGUUUGUGUAAUGUCGAGCCAGAGGAAUUUUGCCCUUUUUUUGACGCCUCUUUUUUUUUUUUGUAUUUUGGCUGCCUAGAGGCUCCAGCCAGUGGCAGCAGUUCAGUGGUUAAUAACAGAAUUUUGAUCUUAUUAGUUUGAUGCUGUAAUGGACAAUAUCGAAUGAUUUGGUGACGAGGAUCUUGCUUUCUGAAUCCA